AUGGUCUACUGUGGCAAGCCCAGCAAAGGUUGCGGCCAGUGUCGAACCAGAAAGAUCCGAUGCGAUCAAGCUCGACCAGCUUGUUCGCAAUGUAUCCGGGCUAAGCGGGAAUGCCCCGGAUAUCGGGAUCAGCUAUCUUUAAUGUUUCGCGACGAGAGCAAAUCAGUCGUGCGCAAAGCUAAGGCGGAGGCGGGCUCCUCCUCUGCUAGUUCUGCUAGUUCUGUGUCGUCAGCCCGGUCUAGACAGAAGCGGUCGCCAACGCGAUCGCCUCGCAUUGCAUCCCCAGAUGGGAGUGGCACCGAGAGUCUGCCGUCUGAGCGGUCCCUACCCCUGGUGGACCCGAUGUACAACUUCAUCUUCGACAUGGAUCCACAGUUGGACUUUGCUAUGCCGAAUCCCUGGUCCAUACCGCUUGAGGUUCAACCCACGCCUGAAGCAUCUAAACAAGAGGCCAUCUGCUAUUUCCUGCGAGGCAAUGCCAUUCCCGGCAGCUUAUGGAUGGGGGACUUUGUCACCCGAUUCUUGGCUGAGCCCGGGGCCAAACCUAGCCAGAAAGCUAUGCAAUCUAGUAUAAUUGCCGUGUCGUCGGCAAUGCUCUGCCGAGUCCGGAAGAUGACCUCACUAAAGGACCUGGCGCAGAAGGAAUAUGUCUCAGCAUUAAAUCUACUAAACACGGCCUUGGCUGACGUGGAAGAGGCCAAGACGAAUCAAGCAUUGGGGGCUGUCGUACUGCUUGCCGUUUAUGAAGUUGUCACAUCGCGGGCCCCUCGGGAUAUUGACCAAUGGACGAACCAUAUCACUGGAGCUACAGCACUCCUGGAUUUGCGGGGCCCCGAGCAAUUAAAAACGGAGAUCGGUCUUCGUCUGUUCUUGCAUCUCCGCUAUCAGAUUAUCAUCAGCUGUAUCCAACGAGAUGCCCGGGUACCGCAAUCUUUACUGGACUGUACAGAGUAUGCCAUGUUCCUCCGCCCAGGUGAAGCACACGGCAAUCGCUUGAUCAUGAUCAUCGGCCGACUAUCCAACCUUCGCGUGGACAUUCAAGAGAAAAUCCUCACCGACCACCGAGAGAUCAUAUCGGUCGCUUCCAGCAUCGAAGCCGACCUGAUCGCCUGGCUAGCCGCACUGCCGCCGGACUUUACGUACGAAACUCACACCAAGUCCCCUUAUGACUUUAUGUUCCAAGAGCGUUGCCGUGGGCUGGCUCUAUAUGACGACAAAUAUUACGAAUACCCCAAUCUCUGGGUCUGCAACACGUGGAAUCAAUAUCGGUGUGCCCGCAUUCUCGUCAGCGAGAUCAUUCUAUCUCAUAUCCGAAAGCUCUCUGAGUCGUCUUCCAUCCGAUUACUCUCGGAUGAGUUCCGACAGCAUUGCAAGACGAUCUGGGCGAAUACUCGGCGCCUCGCGGUUGAUAUCUGCCGCAGCGUGCCAUACCACCUGGGUGCACACUUGAAGCAUGCCUCGCCCAACUUUCCACCUCCAGAAAGUUACAUGGGAGGGCUGAUGCUCCUCUGGCCAUUGUUUUUGGCGGGCAUUGUCGAGAAUCCGAACCAUGCGCUACGGCGAUGGGUCAUACAAUGCCUGAAGAUGGUGGGCCACAGCUAUGGAUUUGACCAGGCUUUGGCUAUCAUGGAUAUUGUGGCUGUUGACCCGGGUAUCCUUCGAGGUACCGAGACGCGAGCUGAAGCAGAAGAGUAUGCCUCGCCUGAAGAGAAUCAACGCCCCUCGGUGUUGCCUGAUCUCCACUAUAGCCAGAUUCCUCCGUCGGCAGAGACCAUAUUCUAG